CUCCUCUCAGCAAAAUCAACAACCAUGGCUCCCGUAUUCCCAGCACUAACUACAGAGAAGAAGAAGGAGCUGUCUGAGAUUGCUCAGCGGAUUGUGGCACCAGGCAAAGGAAUCCUGGCAGCAGAUGAGUCUGUGGGUACUAUGGGAAGCCGCCUCAAACGCAUUAAUGUUGAGAACAUAGAGGAGAACAGACGUUUCUUUCGAGACCUUCUUUUCACUUCAGAUCCCUCUAUAAAUAAGUGCAUUGGAGGUGUCAUUUUUUUCCAUGAAACUCUCUACCAGAAGUCUCGUAAUGGAACUCCCUUCCCCAAAAUCCUCAAGGAUCUUGGCAUUGUUGUAGGAAUCAAGGUAGAUAAAGGCACUGCACCAUUAGCAGGGACUGAUGGAGAGACCACAACUCAAGGUUUGGACGGGCUUGCAGAAAGAUGUGCUCAAUAUAAGAAGGAUGGUGCCGACUUUGCAAAGUGGCGUUGUGUGCUCAAGAUCUCAGAUACUGCACCAUCAAGUCUUGCUAUCCGUGAGAAUGCCAAUGUUUUAGCUCGAUAUGCCAGUAUCUGUCAGCAGAAUGGGCUUGUGCCAAUUGUGGAACCAGAAAUCCUGUCUGAUGGGUCCCAUGAUCUCCAAAGGUGUCAAUAUGAAACUGAAAAGGUGCUGUCUGCUGUGUAUGCUGCCCUCAUUGAGCACCAUGUUUAUCUGGAAGGAACUCUAUUAAAGCCAAAUAUGGUCACAGGGGGUCAGUCUUGUUCACAAAAAUAUACCCCUCAAGAUGUUGCCAUGGCCACUGUCACUGCCUUAAGACGUACAGUACCUCCUGCAGUUCCAGGUAUCUGCUUCCUCUCAGGAGGUCAGAGUGAAGAAGAGGCCUCCCGUAACCUCAAUGCUAUGAAUAGCUGCAGUCUUACUCGGCCGUGGCGUGUGUCUUUCUCAUAUGGUCGUGCUCUACAGGCAUCAGCACUCUCUGCCUGGCUUGGAAAGAGUGAGAAUGAGAAAGCUGCUCAGGAAGCCUUUGUUAAGAGAGCGAAGAUUAAUGGUUUGGCAACUCUUGGACAAUAUGUUCCAUCUGGAUCAUCAGAUUCUGCUUCAUCUCAGUCCCUGUUUCAGCCUAGUUACACCUAUUAAAGUGUCUUGCUGUGAGCUAUUCCGGUUGUUAAAACACAAACUUCCAGCAAAAUUUGCCUUCGGUGACCAGUCUCCAAAGAGGACAGUUUUACCAACAUUCCAAAUAGAAUAUUUUUAAGAAUGAGAAUAUUUGUAUGCCAAUAUUUUUAGUACCAUAGUUUUUUUCUGGAAUGGGCCAAAAUCUUUAUAAUUUCAAUUUUAUUUCAGUUGAAGCAUUUGAGCCAGAUAUAUAUAUAAUCUUCUUUAAUGUACAAGUUUCUGCUCCUUCAAGUAUUCCAAAAUGUAUUUCUUACAUCUCAUUAAAAUUGAUCUUUACAUACAGUAA